ACAAACGCUAUAUUCAUCUGCUCCGGCUUGCAGUUACUGAAACUCCCAGCAGGAACUCCUGGGUAGCCCACUUUACACCACCGUUUGAGCAGCCGAACACAAUGCCACUCAUGUCCCAGGGCGAAAACAGCAGAAGAGCCUGCUCCGUUAACCCAACUAUGUGGAGAACAUGCAGUCUUUUUUGCGCAUGGAGUCUGCUGUUCUUCACAGAGGUUUGCGCGCAGUCCCAGCGGAGACCAACCUUCACCUGCGGAGGAAACAUUACAGGGGACUCUGGAGUAAUCGGGAGCCAGGGGUACCCCGGAGUUUACCCUCCAAAUACCAAAUGUGUGUGGAGAAUCACAGUCCCUGAGGGAAAGGUGGUGGUCCUGUCAUUCCGCUUUAUUGACCUGGAGAGCGACAACCUGUGCCGCUAUGACUAUGUGGAUGUUUACAGUGGCCAUGUCAGUGGGCAGAGGCUUGGUCGCUUCUGUGGGACGUUCAAGCCAGGAGCACUGGUUUCCACGGGCAACAAGAUGCUCCUACAGAUGGUAUCUGAUGCCAACACGGCUGGUAGUGGCUUCCUGGCUGUUUUCACUGCUGCCCACCCACAUGAAAGAGGGGACCAGUACUGUGGAGGCAGAUUGGACAAGCCUGCUGGGACUUUCAAAACUCCCAACUGGCCUGAGAAGGACUAUCCAGCUGGUGUCACCUGCUCCUGGCACAUAGUGGCACCAAAGAACCAGAUUAUUGAAGUCAAGUUUGAGAAGUUUGAUGUGGAAAGAGAUAACUACUGCCGCUAUGAUCACGUCUCCAUUUUCAACGGCGCAGAAAUCAACGAUGCCAAGAGGAUUGGCAAAUAUUGUGGAGACAGCCCCCCAGAUCCAGUGUUUUCAGAUGGGAACCAGCUCCUCAUCCAGUUCCUGUCAGAUCUCAGUCUAACCGCAGACGGCUUCAUUGGACACUACAAGUUCAGACCAAAGAAAUUCCCCUCCACUACGAUACCACCCACCACUACCACACAGCCAGUCACCACCAGGCCCAUACCUCUGAAGUACUCUGUAGCCCUCUGCCAGCAGAAAUGCAAAAGACGAGGAACACUUGAGAGCAAUUACUGCUCCAGCAAUUUUGUAAUAACCGGGACAGUCAUCACUGCUGUGAUGAGAGAAGGAAGUAUGUACGCCACGGUCUCUAUCAUCAACGUGUAUAAAGAAGGCAAUCUGGCCAUCCAGCAGGCAGGAAAGACCAUGAGCACCAAGAUCGUUAUCCUGUGCAAGAAGUGUCCUUUUAUCAGGAGAGGCUUGAACUACGUCUUCAUGGGCCAGACGGACGAGGACGGCCGGGGUAAAAUCGCCCCUCAGCACUUUGUCAUGGCGUUUAAGACAAAGAACCAGAAAGGACUCAAUGUUCUGAAAAACAAGCGGUGCUGAGUUCCAGUAGCGCUGAGGAUUUCCACUAUACAGGUUUGCCUGAGGCUCAGCUGUGGAUGGAAACAAUUAUCUCAAACUCAACAACACAAACACAGUCCAACAACAAAACUGAAUAACAUAAAAUCUACAUUAUUCAUUCAAUUAAUUCAUUUUUGCCGCAGAUCACAUGUUUUUAGAAUAAAAAGAAGACGAGACCAGUCGGUUAGUCUGUUUUACAACCUCAGACUAAUCAGCAAGAAAAUUAGUUGUUUCCAACGCUGUUCCACAGCCCAUUCUCACUCUGCACAGUCACAUUCCUGUCAUGCCCCUAGCAGGGAUUUAAAUUGUAGCCAGUUGCAGGAGCCCGAAAUAUCGAGUAUAGCUAUUCACAAAGAUGUGCUUCAUAAAACAUUAAUCAGAUUGUUUAAAACUUCCAGUGUCCACAUCUGUUUUGUUCCACAUUUUACUUUUCAGUCAUUUCACUUUUAGGCUGUGGAGUGCAAUGUGAAUAAAUCGUGGGGUUUAUUAUUUAGUAUGCAUUAAACAAAUAUAGUCUUACAUUUCCAAAGGCUAAAUUCAUAAGGGAUUUGUCACAGCUGACUGUUGUAUUUUUAAUGACAGCGUCAACAGUCUGGAGUUUUAGUGAUGAUAAAAAGUGCAAUAUUUAAUAUGUAUGUGAUUCUUUUUGAAAGAUUAUAUGCUGGUUUUAUGAGGAACUUCCUAUCUAAAGCUCUUUUUCUUUAGUUUGUUUACAGAUGCAAAGCAACGCUUUGAGCAUUCAUCUUUUACUUGUUUUUUAAAGGCAGAGUUAUGAAAUUAAUAAUAUUUUCAUAUGAAAAAGUCUGUGAAUAUUAUUUAUAUUUUAUUGUUUUCAUCUUCCCAAA